AUGCCUUCCCAUCCGACGGCGGCACACUCAACCUUCUGGUUUGGGAGGACAAAUGUUAUGAUACUCUUCCCUGGAUGGCCUUACCACAUCCUCUCCCAUUUCUACUUGGCUCUGUUUGUGGCUUUUAUGCUAGCCCUCUUGGCCGACUUUUAUGCACUAAGUUCGGUGUUCGAACCAAAACUCGCACCUAAGCGUCUGCUUAGCCACACUACUACGUAUUGCCUGCGUAUGUACCUAACCUACUUAGUCAUCCUCUCCGUCGUCACCUUCAAUGUUGGGGUCUUCCUCGCAGUUAUCGCUGGACAUGUCAUCGGCUACUUAGCCGUAAUGGCAUUUAUCCUCUAUUGGCAUCCCACCGCAACGUAUGAGUGGUGGCCUGAUAGGAGAGGUCCCUAUUGCCAUCACAGAGCUGAUACAAGGGUUACUGUUUCGUCAUGUACUUUCAUGGUUGAGUGA